GAAUUCCGGCCAGUCGAUCCGAAUGAGACCAUUAACGAAGUCGCAAGCAACUGGGGUGCAGCUAUGGCAAUGGCAGCAGCGCGUGGUGAAGGAGAUAAAUACUUUGCUACACCUGGUGCUAAACCCAAGUGAGCGCCUCUUUACAUUUAUGUAAUC